AUGAGGUUCUCGCCGCUGAACGGCGCUCAAGCCAUUACGCUGAACCGCGAGGCGAAUUGGACUUUGACAUUCGGCGAAGGUAGCUACCGCUUCGAAGCCUCUUACAACUAUCCGCAAUUGGAGCAGCUCAGCCCUCAAGAAGUUCUCAACGACGCGUCUUCCGGCUUGAUUGCAGAGAACCCAGACCAAACCACCUCUUUGUCAUUCCUCUCAUACUCCAACAAGCUACUGGCUGGCACAUGGCGCUUCCUCACCUACUUUGGUCGAGACAGUAUGCUUUCACUGCUGUUGAUGCAGCCCGUUCUCAGCGAAGCGGCCAUCGAAGCCGUCAUCGGAGCUGUCCUCGAGCGAGUCAAUCGCACUGAUGGUACCGUAUGUCAUGAGGAGGUCCUCGGCGACUACGCGACGUGGCUCAACAGGAAGAAGGGAAUCAACUCCAGCGCACCUGGCUGUGACUACAAGAUGAUCGACACGGACUUCAUGCUUCCAAUUUCCAUGAACAGCUACUUCGUAGAUACAGAUGCUGGAAAGAAUCGUUCGGAUGCUUUCUUCAGCAAGACCGCAACAUUCCUAGUCGAGAACGACGGACUGGCGUAUUCUGAGCUGGCCCAGUUCACCGCCGAAAAGAUCAUGCGGAUUGCUGCACCAUUUGCGCAGAGUCAAGUCAAGGAAAACCUCAUCCACCUCAACGAAGGCGAGAUAGUCGGCGAGUGGCGCGACUCUAGUAAUGGCCUCGGAGGAGGUCGCAUCCCGUACAACGUCAACACCGCGCUUGUACCAGCAGGACUUCGGGCUAUCGCAAGUUUGAGCCGCGCGGGCUUCUUCUCCGACCACCCGGACUGGUGCGAAGAGGCUGACAAGUACGCCCAGAUUUGGGAGGAUGAGACGCUACGCUUCUUCGAAGUCACCGUCCCGCAGGCCGACGCCAAAUCUCUUGUUGAGGACUACGUCUCGAACGCCAACCUUACCCUCCCAACAAAUGUCGACAAGAUCACAAGCGAUAUCACAUACUACGGCGUCGCCCUUGACGGCGAAGUCGGUGCACCCAUUGUGCCCGUCAUCAAUAGCGAUGACUGCUUCCGCCACUUCCUCCUCGACACCACGAACCAAACCCAGCUGACGGCAUACAUCAGCCAGACCGCCGAUCACAUCCUUCAACCUUUCCCGGUUAGCCUAUCGAGCGACAUUGGACUAUUCGUUGCGAACCCUGCGUACGCUGGAAAUGCGACAUUCGAAGCAGGUUUCUCAACGGACGACUACCACGGCACUGUGGUAUGGAGCUGGCAGCUUGCCAUGAUGGGUGCUGGGCUUGCGCGACAACUUGGUCGAUGCGAUAAGGAGGGUGCACCUGGUAAGUCGACAUCCUGA